AUGGCCACCUUGAAGGAGAAGAGGACCUGUGGGCAGCGAUGUGAAGACUUUGGCCAUUUUGUCUGGAACUCAGACAAUGGGACAUUUAUGGGGAGGACACCUGUGAAAUGGGUGUUCAUCAGCUUGUAUUACGUGGCGUUCUACGUGGUGAUGACGAGCCUUUUCUGUUUGGCCAUCUAUGUGCUCCUGUACACCUUGGAUCCGUACAAGCCUGACUACCAAGACCGGCUACAAUCGCCAGGGGUGAUGGUGUGGCCAGACACUUAUGGAGAGGAGGACGUUGAAAUCAACUACAACACAUCAGACAAGAGCAGCUGGAUGAAGAUGACCAACAUCCUUAAUAAGUUCCUGGAGCCCUAUAAUGACACUGCACAACAAGGAUGUUACAACCAUAACUGCACCAAGGGACAGUUCUACAUCCAGAACACCUUCUCUGCCCCUCACCACACAAAGUGGGCAUGUCCCUUCACCAAAAGCAUGCUGGGAGACUGCUCAGGACAAGAGGACCCGACCUUUGGCUACAACUGCAGCAUGCCGUGUGUCAUCAUCAAGAUGAACAGGAUCAUUAACUUUUUGCCAUCUAAUUCUUCUGAGCCUGCCCCACAUGUCAACUGUACGAUACUGGAAGGACAAGGCAAUGUGGACAAAAUUGAGUAUUUCCCUGACGGGGGGAUUAUGGAUCGCUCCUACUUUCCUUAUUAUGGAAAACGGGCACAGCCUUUGUAUGUCAACCCGCUGGUGGCCGUUCGUUUCCACCUGGUCGGAAAGAAGUCGGCCAAGAUCCAGUGUAGAGUGGUCUCCCAGCAGAUCAGCUAUGAAAACUACCAUGACCCCUACGAGGGAAAAGUCCUCUUCUUCCUGAAUGCAGGAAAAUGAGAAACAGAAGAGAAAAUACUCAGAUAUCUGACAGGCGUCAUGUCGCCUGUCAGCGUGACAGACCGAGAAGGUGUCAACACAUCAACAACCCUCAAACUACUAAUCCUAAACUUAACCCAACACUGCAGACAUACUUUAUUCUCUGUGCUGUGUGGUGCUUUCAUUUUUCAGUGAUUUCUCAUGUGUGAUUCAUGAACUUCUUUGUAUACUGAAUUUUAGAAUUUGCCAUGUAUUAA